AUGCGAAAUCUGCGCAAUAUUCGAUACAACGUCUGGACCUCAUCGACAGACCUCGAUGGGGAGCUCAUCACGUCGUCGUGCUGGGACCCAGCCAAGGACGAAGUGCUGUGCACCCUAGGUCCCCGAGAAACAGAUGGGCGGAUUAGGCUUGUAAGGAUCUUGGAGCACGUUAGAGCCUCUUCGAUAGACGUUGAAUGUCGAGAGGUCGCAUCAUGGGACGCUCCCAGUCCCAGUCCAGACUUGGCCGUCGACAGGGUCGUGAGCCUGCACCACUUCAGCGACAGCCUCACAACAUGUCUGGUGCUGGAAGGAGGCGACAUCGUCAUCGUGCAGGAAACGGAGGGCUCGUCCCCGGCUGACGGCGUGCACAUCGAGAUCAUGGGCGGCAUAGAUGAGGGCAUCACCGCCGCCAGCUGGUCGCCGGACGAGGAACUCCUGGCCAUCACCACCAAGGCGAACACCAUGGUCUUCAUGAGCCGCAACUUCGAUGGCAUCACCGACAUGACCAUGACGGCGGACGACCUCAAGGCCUCCAAGCACGUCUCCGUGGGCUGGGGCAAGAAGGAGACCCAGUUCCAGGGCAGGGGUGCGAAAGCGCUUCGGGAUCCCACGAUACCGGAGAAGGUGGACGAGGGCGUCUCCAGCUCUAAUGACGACAAGAGCACCGCCAUUAGCUGGAGGGGAGACGGCGCAUAUGUCGCUGUCAACUCGAUCGAGGAGGGCAUUCGGAGGGUCAUCCGAGUCUACUCUCGAGACGGAGUGCUCGAUAGCGUGAGCGAGCCUGUCGAUGGCAUGGAAGGCGCCCUAAGUUGGCGGCCGUCCGGCAACCUCAUGGUCGGCAUUCAACGUCUGGAGGACCGGGUGGACGUCAUAUUUUUCGAGAGGAACGGCCUCAGACAUGGACAGUUCUCCUUGAGAGCCCCUGGAGGAGGAACUCUGGCACAGGACCAGAUACGGCUUCACUGGAACUCAGACUCCUCUGUCCUAGCCGUCAUUUUGGAUGACAGGAUUCAGCUCUGGACUAUGGGCAACUACCAUUGGUAUCUGAAGCAGGAGAUAUUCACCAAGGACAGGCUCCAGUGCCUCACGUGGCACCCCGAGAAGCCAUUACGUUUCGGUGCUGCCAUCUCAGGCAAGUUCGUUUUGGCAGAGUACAUCUUCGAGGUGUCUCGGGGGUCCCUCGCUCCACCAUAUGAUUACGGAGCAGUUGCAGUAAUUGACGGCAACAAACUCAAAAUCACACCCUUCCGGACAGCCAAUGUGCCGCCUCCCAUGGCCAUGUUCGAGCUUCAGGUGUCGUCGCCAGCAGUCGAUGUCGCGUUCUCUCCCGCAAACACCUUCAUGGUUGUGCUGCAUCAGAAUGGAUUUGACGUGUAUCGGUGGACGACAAAGCAGCAGCGGUCCCUACCUCCUCGUCUGAUUGGCAGCUUGUCAUUUGCCAAGGAGAACCCAGGUGAAGCUCUUGUGCCAUUACAGAUAGCUGUCACUGAGAACGAUACCAUACAUUGUCUGUGUUCCGGAAAGGGGCCAACAAUCCAUUCACACAGCCUCGAUCCAUCCACUGGGGAGUUCCUGUCUAGCUCGACCCUAUACGCCGGGUCAAUGUUCGGCUUCGUCCGAGUGACGCAAGCGAGUUCUACGGAUGUCCUCGUCCAGGACGGUUUAGGCAGGCUGCACGGCGUAGUUGACCAGCAAGAUGAGAUGUACUCAGUACGCCUCACAUCUCAGCUUCCGUGGAGCGAGGUAAUAGAUCUGGCAGGGAGCGUCAUCGUCAUAGGAUUGUCUCGGAAUGGACAUCUCUACGCAAAUCCCCGCCUUCUUCUCAAAAACUGUACCUCCUUCCUCGUCACACCAGCUCAUCUAGUCAUUACGACCACAAAUCACCUUGUCAAGUUCAUUCACUUGACUGAGGUAGACGAAUUAGAGGUACCUCCGGAUGACCCUGAAAAGGACGAAAGGUGUCGAAGCAUCGAGAGAGGCGCCCGGCUUGUAACAGCCAUGCCCACAAACAUGAGCUUAGUCUUACAGAUGCCUCGUGGAAACCUAGAGACCAUCUUCCCUCGAGCUAUGGUCGUCGCGGGGAUCAGACAACUUAUCGAAGCCUCUGAUUAUCGAAAAGCCUUCUCCCAUUGCCGGACUCAGCGUGUGGACAUGAACAUCCUCUACGACCACAGACCUCAGCAAUUCCUUAGCAAUACUGGACUGUUCCUUGAUCAAGUCUCGGACGUGGCGAACAUUGAUCUCUUCCUCUCAGCGUUACGAGACGAGGACGUCACGCAAACGGUGUAUCGAGACACGAAAAGUACCAAGGGCGAACCAUUACCGGAAGAGCCCACCCAUGAAGUGACCAUUGGUACCAAAACCUCAAAGGUCAACACGAUAUGUGAUGCCGUAUUAUCUCAUCUUCGCUCGCGCAAGGUGAUGGACCAUGGCACUCUGCAAAAUAUCAUAACCGCCAAUGUUUGCAAGGCCCCACCAGCCUACGAAGAUGGGCUUCUGGUCGUUGCUACGUUGAUGCAGGAAGAUGAGCAGCUUGCUGAAAAGGCUGUUGAACACAUUUGCUUCCUCGCAGAUGUAAACACGUUGUACGAUGGAGCGUUGGGUCUCUACCACCUGGACCUGGCACUUCUCGUUGCACAACAGUCGCAAAGAGACCCUAGGGAAUACCUUCCUUUUAUCCAAAAUCUACACCAACUCCCUGACCUACGGCGGAAAUUUGCCAUCGACGAUCACCUCAACAGACAUGAGAAAGCUCUGUCUCACCUACAGGCCAUACACGCCCACAAGGAAGUUCAAGAAUAUACCGUUAAGCACUCGCUUCAUACGGCAGCCUUGAAGCUAUACCGCUACGACCAACCUAACCUCACCAUCCUCACAGGCCUGUAUGCCUUACACCUCGAAACCACGUCCCGCAAGCGUGAGGCAGGACUUACCUACGAAUCCCUCCAUGACUACACCGCAGCGACGAGAUGUUACUCCGCUGCCGGCGUCUCAUGCUGGCGCGAAUGCCUCUUCACCGCACAACAGCAGACGCCGCCCAUGUCACCCGAGGCCCUUGCGGACCUCGCCACGACCCUCGCAGACGCCGUCUACGAAGCCAAGGACUACGCAGCGGCCGCGACGAUCCACCUCGAACACCUCAACUCCAUCGAAAGCGCCAUCCCCUGCCUAUGUAAAGGCUACCUCUUCGCCGACGCCCUGCGCCUGGCCCUGCUGCGCGGGCGUUCCGACCUGCUCUCCACGGCCGUCGACAGCGGCCUCGCCGACGCCCUCAGCAGCAGCACCGAGUUCCUCGCGGACUGCAAGGCGCAACUGCGCGCACAGGUCCCGCGCAUCCUCGACCUCCGCCGCAAGGCCGCCGAGGACCCCCUGGGCUUCUACGAGGGCGAGCGCUCGGGCGCCCUCGCUGACCUGCCCGACGACGUCUCCGUCGCGGCCAGCUCGCGCGUCAGCACCAGCGGCGGCAGCCUCUUCACGCGGUACACGGGCAAGGGCGCGGGAGGACAGAGCGUCGGCACGGUCGGCACGGGCGUCAGCCGCGCCACGAGCAAGAACCGCAAGCGCGAGGAGAAGAAGCGCGCCCGGGGCCGCAAGGGCACGGUGUACGAGGAGGAGUAUUUGGUUAAUAGCGUGCGGCGGCUCGUCGACCGCGUCGAGGCCACGCGGCCCGACGUCGCGCGUCUUGUGUUUGGGCUCGUGCGCCGCGGCAUGCUGGAGCGCGCGCGCGGGCUUGAGGGUCUGGUGGAUGAGGUCGUCGAGGGGUGUCGGGCCGCGGUCGGGGAGGUGUUUCCUGGGAGUGGUGAGAAGAAGAUGGGAGGCGGGGAUAAAGGAGACGGAGAGGGAGGCGAGACUUGGACGCCGCUGGGGGCGGGUGCGGUGCUGGCUGAGAACCUGGAAGCGGCGUGGCGAAAGCAGAAGCCGCCUGCGAUUACUGCCAUGGAGAGACUGUUUUUGCUGGGUUCGUAG